ACGUGCACAGUAACGCAGGGGCUGAUGGGAGCUUUGAGGACCUGUUAGAAAGCACGUGGUCCUGCUCUGAUCUCACAGCUCGUCCUUGUUUGGCCUCAGCUGCAUCAGAGCACCACUUCUCCCCAGGUUCACCAGAGGAAACACCACUGCACACAAUGCUUUUCCUCCCAGCUGCUCUGUGCUGGCUGUGUUCAGCGCUGGUUGCCAUGGCAGCAGAGCUGAUUCAGGACCAGCUAUCAAAAACUACAAGAGCUGAUGCUACAAUCUCCCUUAAAUGCACUGGAACCAACCAAUGUGACAAAAAGCAGGUUUACUGGUACCAGCAAAAAGAAGGAGAUUCUCUUCAAACGAUUCUACGGGUUGAUCUUAAUGAUGGAACAGUUAAUAAGCGCUACGGCCAUUCUCAGAGAGAUGAUUUUGAAGCUAUGAUAACAGCAGAUUUGGUAAUUAAACAAGUUAAAUUUGAGCAUGCGGCCACCUACUACUGCAGCUGUUAUAAAUCUGCGUGUUUCACUGUGGGAGGAUCCGACGACUCCAAGAACUACCUCAUCUUUGGCACCGGGACCAAGCUGUUCGUUACAGACAAGCCGGUAAGGAAGCCCAAAGUGAUCGUGUACAAAGCAGCAUCAAAAGGAGACCAGGAGAAGAAGAACUUCCUGCUGUGUCAGGCCUCGGGUAUGAAUCCUCCUUUCGUCCAGUUCUCCUGGGAAAGACAGAAGGAGGACGGCUCUCUGGAGGAGCUGCUCCCUGCUGAGGGAGAUCAGCUGGAGAUCAAAGAGUCGGCCAGCAUCACCGCCAUCAGGGUGGUUGAUCGUGAUCCUCAUUACACGUAUAAAUACAUCUGCUACGUCAAGCAUGAGGGGACAAAAGUGGAGGCCCAAACUCAUCAAGUGGUGUCUGCACAUCCUCCUCCACCUCCUGCUACAGGCUGGUUCAGAGAGCGGCUGCUCAGCCUGCUGUACACGCUGCUGAUCGCCAAGAGUGUGGUCUGCUGCUGGGGCCUGUCUCUGUCUGGCAUCUGCAGGAAGUAGGACACGUCCAGCAGGAAGUAAGACAUGUCCAGCAGGAAGUAGGACACGUCCAGCAGGAAGUAAGACACGUCCAGCAGCUUCAGCUGCAGCUCACAGAGAGCUGCUGCUGCCAAGCUCCACCAUCUAAUAACCACCAUCCAGCUAGUUCACAACAAACUCAUGUGUUCAUGUGCAGUAAAACCUUCCAGUUCAGGUUAUUCAGACCCGUCAGGCUCAUUAAAAAAACAAAACAUCUCAUUUAAACGACUUUUCAUGAUUUGAUCCAUUUUUAUUGAAAAUAAACGUCAUUGUGCAGAAAAUUUUUAUUUAAUAACAGACGAUAGCUGUUUUAUCCUGAAUGUAAAAUAUGUUAUAUUCAGUAUUUCUGAGAGUUUCUACAACUUUAUAACUGAUUUUAUGACUGAUUUUAUGACUGAUUUUAUGACUGAUUUUAUGACUGAUUUUAUGACUGAUUCUAUGACUGAUUUUAUGACUGAUUUUAUGACUGAUUUUAUGACUGAUUUUAUAACUGAUUUUAUGACUGAUUAUCUUCCGACUUUUUUUUGUUGCUUUUGUGAAGCUCAUUUUUUAAUAUCUGAUUUAAUCUUUAUGUCUCAGGAAAAGUUUCUUUGUUUUCUUGAUUGUCUUGUUUAUUAUUUUAGAAAAUGUUCAGUUUGAAGAAGUAAAAAAAAGUGACACCAGAAUAUUUGUUUUGUUUAAAAAAAAAAAAAAAAAAAAAAGGAAAUAUUUAUUUGGAUUUGGAUGUAAAUAUAUAAUCAUGUGAAAUAAAUAGAAAAAAUAAUUUUGUAUGUUUUGUAUCGAACAUGACUUAAAUAUUUGGAGCAAACUUGAUUUUUAUUAAACGAUAAAACUUUGUUGGAUUUUCUGCUGGACUGAAGCAAAUUUAUUUUUCUGUUUGUUUUUGUUUUGAUGUUGUUUUUAAUGUCAACUUGGGUUUUGAUUGAAGAAUUCAGUUUAAGUUACUGCAAAAAAUAAAAUGAUUAAACUAUGUUUGACAUGAAUCAAUAUUCAUUUACAGAAAGAAAAAAAAAACGCUUCUUUAAACAAACACAUUUAUUUAAGGAAUCGCUCA